UUUUUUUCCCUAAAAAAAAACUAUAUUUUUUAGGGUUUCCAGAAUCGGGUCGCGCGUGAUCUGAUUCGUUUUCGAGGCGCGACCCGCUGUUUCGAAAUCGUGCGAUUUCGUCCAGAAUCGCGAUUUUUCCGAUUCACGCCACGAUACGCACGAUUCACAUGCGAUUCUUGAACGAAAACGAGUCAACGUGCGAUUCGAAUCGCGGAGCCUCGGAAUCGUGUCGUAUCGCACGAUACGAAUCGCGAAUCGUGCGAUACAUACUGCAAUGGCUUAAAUUGAUAAUGGCUUGUUUAUGGGAUAAAAAGGAAAUCAUUCAGGUGUCUGGGCGUAGAACAUAUUCUUUAUCUAAUCAUAUUUAUGUCCGUGUUUUCUAUAGAAAUUGUAUACUAUUUAGUUACCCUAAGUUUGAAAUUUGGGGUUCUUAGGUGUCAUUCAAUUUACUGCAUGGGGUCAUCAGAAGAAGAGUAUAUUGCUUUCGAACAGAAAGUUAGUAGGACAGUGUACUUUGACAAUCUGUCACCACAGGUCACUGAAUCUGUGAUAAGAACUGCUCUUGACCAGUUUGCACUUGUGAAAAAUGUCAAGUUUAUUCCCAACUACAUUGGACUAAGCAAUCUGCCCAAGUGUGCUUUAGUAGAAUUUGAUUCCACGAAGAAGGCCAAGGAAAUUAUAUCAAUGGUAAUGGGGUAUCCUUUUAUGAUGUCUGGGUCGCCACGUCCUGUAAGAGCUACGCAUGCUGUGAUGGACAUGUUUGAUGAUCGGCCAAUAAAGCCUAACAGAAAGUUAAAGGUCCGUUGGUUGGAGCCAAGUGAUCCUGAUUUUCAAGCGGCCAAGGAAAUAAAGAAACUUACCCGAAAACACGCCGCAGAAAUAGAAUUCAUGCACAAACUGCAACUUGCAGAAGAAGAGAAGCUUUCAAGGCAGCAGGAAGACACGCUUAAAGUGCAUUACAAAAAGUUUAAGUUGAUAGAUGGCAUUAUGGCUGAUAAAACUGCGCAUCGUUUGGCACGAAAGUAUAAUCUGCGUGUUGCAGAUGAAUGAAGGCUUCUUUUGGACUAACAAUGAAUGUAAAUAGCUUUGUUCCUUUUUUGGUUAGGAUUAACAUCUUUUGCUCCGUUCUACUUACUACUAGUAAAGUAAGGCUCAGUUCAUACAUGGUAUAUAUUUGCUCUUCGAUCCAUGCCUAAGACCCGUUUUAUUUGUUUAAUUUUGAUUCGGGGUAGGCUGUUAUUUAAAUAAUAUACUUCAUUAGAUUUU